AUUGUAAGUUAAUUCGGUACGGAAUUCGGAGGUCCGAGAUGUGGAGGGAGGGAGGGCGGGGCGAGGAGGAGGAGGCGGGAGAGGGAGAGGAUGUUGUGAUGCGUGCGUGAGGGAGAAAUCUGUUGCAGUGCGGGGGUGGUGCUGGUGGUGUGUGCUUCUACGGAUAUGCAUCGAGGAAGGGGAGCGAGUGUUGCAUUCGGCCUCUCUGGUUCGGGGCAUUCUUCUUGCGUUCCACACCCGUCUGCCUCUCAACGUUUUCAAUUUCUGGUCGAAGCGCCACUUCGGAGAUUGUCGUAGCGAAGGGCGAAAGGGAAGGCCUGGGGCAGGGGGGAGGAGGAUGCCAGAAAGGAAGGGCGUGGUAAACGGUGGUGGCGGUGGCGCUGGUACUGGUGGCGGAGGAGGAGGUGGAGCGAGCGACUCUGACGUCGAAGAUGGAGAUGAUGAUAAGUACUCGGAAUUCGUGGAAGUUGAUCCCACUGGUCGGUAUGGCCGCUACACGCAUGUGCUAGGAAAGGGAGCUUUUAAGACUGUUUACAGGGCGUUCGAUGAAGUGGACGGAAUCGAAGUGGCUUGGAAUCAAGUCCGAGUUCAGGACGUGCUUCAAAGUCCGGAAGACCUGGAACGAUUGUAUUCUGAGAUCCACCUGCUGAAGACGCUGAAGCACAAGAAUAUUAUCAAGUUUUACAGUUCGUGGGUGGACACCAAGACCAAAAAUGUGAAUUUCAUCACGGAGAUUUUCACGUCCGGGACCUUGAGGCAGUACCGGAAGAGGCACAAACAGGUGGACAUUAAGGCCGUGAAGAAUUGGGCCCGACAAAUUCUUCGGGGCCUCUUGUACCUCCACAGUCAUGAUCCUCCGAUCAUUCAUCGGGAUUUGAAGUGCGACAACAUCUUCGUUAAUGGGAAUCAGGGAGAGGUGAAGAUUGGAGAUCUGGGUCUGGCGGCGAUCUUGCGGCAGGCCCACGCCGCCCAUAGUGUCAUUGGAACGCCUGAAUUCAUGGCCCCGGAGCUUUACGAAGAGGAGUAUAAUGAGCUUGUAGAUAUCUACUCUUUUGGAAUGUGCAUACUCGAGAUGGUCACAUUCGAAUAUCCCUACAGUGAAUGUAACAAUCCUGUUCAGAUUUACAAGAAGGUGACUUCUGGCAAGAAGCCUGACGCUUUGGAUCGAGUGAAGGAUGCAGACGUACGAGGGUUUGUUGAGAAGUGCUUGGCCACUGCAUCCAGGAGACUCCCAGCUAGAGAGCUGCUCAUGGAUCCAUUUCUUCACGGGGAAGGGGACAGAGAAAAUUUGGACUGCGUGCACACGGUUUCUCACUCGGAAUUCUCUGCCGAUGAUAUGGAGGAGCUCGGCUCGUCCGUGGAAGGGCCUCUGACAAGGGCAGAAUCUAUGAAAGUGGGAGGAUACAGCGUCAAUGGUGGAUCUGGCAGUGGCGGUCUCUCGAGUACGUUCAGAAACAGCAUGACUUUUGCCGAUGAGAGAGCGGCUUCUGCGUCCUCUCCUGGACCUCCUCCUUCAUACAGGGAUAUGAAGAGCGAUGCAAGUAGGAAUGGCGACGUCGAUGACGGCGAUUGCGAUGGCGAUGGCGAAGAGGACUCCAAGGACCAACAACACGAAGAUCAAAAUAGCCUUACGUUUCGAUUGAGGGGAGAGCGCCCGAGGAGAAGCAGGGAUUUCAGAGUGAAAGGUAAAAGGAGAGACGACGACACUAUUUUUCUAAGGCUUAGAAUUGCCAACACCGAGGGGAAUAUCCGCAACAUCCACUUUCCUUUUGAUGUGGAAGGUGAUACAGCAAUGAGCGUGGCAAGCGAAAUGGUUGCUGAGCUUGACCUUUCAGACCAAGAUGUCACUACUAUUGCGGAGAUGAUUGACGCUGAAAUUCUAGCUCUGGUGCCUGAGUGGCAACCCGGUGUUGCUUGUGAAGAGAAUGGUGCAGAGAUCGGGCCAGAUAGUAAUUCCUAUCAAGAGCACUUUGACAGUGGUUUGCACAGCGCAUUCGACGAGGGGUCGGACUCCCUUUCAUCGGAGGACUCCCUCACUCAGGAACAGCGCCAAGCUUACAGAUACUCUCCUCGGGCUGAGGCCACCAUGUACGGGCGGUUUGAGGAGGUCACAUACACGCGUGGUUCUGAAUCUGGUCAGCUAAAAGAUCACUUGUUCUCCAGUGACUCAUCAGAGCUUGGUGAGGAUGGGGAGCAGUGGAGUGUUGGGGCAGACCAGACUACACCAAGAUCGGAUUUUUCAGGUGCAGGUAGUAGUCAUAGUCACGAUCAUCUCUGGAGAGGUGCCAAUGGGAUCACUCGUCCCAAUGAUUACGCUAUUGAAAGUUUUCCAGCCACAUUCAAUCAGCUUGUGGAGAUGAAGAGGGCCGGUCACACUGAGAGUCAGGCUUAUGAUAGUAGGCAUAAGAUAUCGUCUGAAAGACCCGGUAUUCCUAGUAGUUUAAUGACCAGCAAUAAAGUACUGGAGCAUAAUGCAUUUAGGGCUGGUCCUAAGCCAAGAGAAGAACUCCUGUCAUCCAAGGUUGCUCCUGGUUCAGAUGCAGAGGAUAAGCCGUCCUCUGCGCUCCGGGAAUUGGAUAUUCUAGAGCAAAAUCAGCGGAAAGAGCGUGAAAGCCUUCAACGGGUUCAUGAACAAGCUGUACAGGAAAUGAAAAAUCGCCACGAAACCAGGGGGGCAGAAGGAGGCAGUGUCGCCACAAAAUCUCUCAGAAAUUGAAUACUGAGUUUGUUCUGUAAAUCGCAGCAAGGAAGGUAUUAGAUGGUUUGUCGAAGUGAAAUUUGUGUUCCACAUCCAGCAGAAAUGCUCUGCUUGUGAUUUUUUCAAACUUUGGUGGCGCUUGUGGUGCAUCCCUGUUGACGGUCCGGGUUUCUGUUGGCUGAGUGUCCGUUAGACUUAGUUCGGUGUUUCCUUGCCUACAUGGUCUGCUUUCUUUGUCCUGUUUCGCGAGGUCUAUUAUUUUUGGGCCUUUGGUAUCCUUUGUACAAAACCUGAGUUGAUUUUUGUCGAAAUAAAAAAUCUAAUGCGCAG